AUGACAGCACAAGAUCUUGAUGGUUCAUCGGACUCUGAUAUAAUAUCACCCACCUAUGAAAUGGAAAAUAUAAAGAAAAACAGCGAGAAUUCUAAGCAUCAACAACUAGAGCAGGAGCAUGAGGUUGAAUACUUCGAUAAAAGUGGGCAGCCCUCUCAAUCACCCGAAUGCGAUAAUACAAUGACAAGUGAAAGCGAAUAUAAUUAUAAAAAUACCAAAAGUUCUUUUUUCCGUAGAUUCGUAGAUUCUUUUAGAGCUGCCGAAGUUGCAUCAACAGCGGAGGAAGAUUUGGAGAAUGAUCUAACGACAUGCAUUUCUCCAGGAACGCUGAGCGAUUACAAGCGCUCUGGAACAACGACUUUGAAACAUGGGCCUACCGCCAAGGAUGGGAGCGAAGGUCUGAAAAAAACUAUAAAGCCACGUCAUGUUGUGAUGAUUUCCCUCGGUACAGGUAUUGGAACCGGUUUAUUAGUUGGUAAUGCCAAAUCACUAAACCAAGCAGGGCCAGCUGGUUUGCUCCUUGGAUAUGGUAUCAUGGGUACCUGUAUCUACUGCAUCAUUCAAGCUGCAGGUGAAAUGGCUGUCGUCUACAGUAAUUUAGGUGGUGGAUUCAAUGCUUAUCCGUCGAUCUUGGUUAGUCCCUCAUUUGGGUUUUCAGUCGCUUGGGUUUAUUGUUUACAAUGGUUGUGUGUCUGUCCCUUAGAACUGGUUACGGCUUCAAUGACAAUUCAAUACUGGACCACUACAGUUAAUUCAGAUGUCUUCGUUGUAAUAUUUUAUGUGUUGAUUAUUGUGAUUAACGUCUUUGGUGCUCGUGGUUAUGCAGAGGCAGAAUUCUUUUUCAACUGUUGUAAGAUUUUAAUGAUGAUUGGUUUUUUUAUAUUGGGUAUCAUCAUCACAGCUGGUGGAGCAGGAAAUGAUGGUUACAUCGGUGCAGAAUAUUGGAUUAAUCCAGGUGCAUUCAGAGGUGAAAAAGCUAUCGAUAGAUUCAAAGGUGUUAUGGCAGUUUUUGUCACAGCUGCAUUUGCUUUUGGUGGUACUGAGUUUAUUGCCUUAACCGCUAGUGAACAAUCGAAUCCAAGAAAGGCCAUCCCUUCGGCUGCAAAGAAAGUUCUUUACAGAAUUAUUUGCAUCUUUCUGGGUUCUAUAGCUUUACUUGGUUUCUUGGUUCCUUACAAUUCUAGCGAACUGAUGGGUACUGGUGGAUCUAAUACGAAAGCUUCUCCCUAUGUCAUUGCGAUCGCAUCCCAUGGUGUUAGGGUCGUUCCUCAUUUUAUUAAUGCUGUUAUUUUAUUGUCUGUUCUAUCUGUUGGUAACUCAGCUUUCUACUCGAGUUCACGUCUUUUGCUAUCGCUAGCUCAACAGGGCUAUGCUCCAAAAAUUUUCAAGUUCAUUGACAGAAAAGGUAGGCCAGGUAAAGCGAUGCUGGUUUCCAGUUUAUUUGGUGUCAUCGCAUUCUGUGCAGCAUCUUCAAAGGAGGAACAGGUUUUCACCUGGUUGUUAGCCAUUUCAGGUCUUUCUCAGAUUUUCACUUGGUUCGCGAUCUGCAUUUCUCACACUAGAUUCAGAAGAGCCCUGAAAGUACAGGGAAGAUCAUUAGGUGAACUCGGUUACAAAGCACAAUUUGGAGUUUGGGGAUCAUACUAUGCAGCUUUUAUGAUGUUUGCUGUUUUGAUUGCUCAAUUUUGGGUUGCUAUAGCACCUAUUGGAAAAUCUGGGUUAGAUGCGCAAAAUUUCUUCGAGAAUUAUCUGGCAAUGCUAUGUUUGAUUGCUCUAUACAUUGGCUACUGCAUUUGGAAAAGAUCACUAAUUUUCUUCAUUAGGGCCAAGGAUAUCGACUUGGAUUCUCACAGACAAGUUUUCGACGAAGAAUUACUCAAACAAGAAGAUGAGGAGUAUAGGGAAAAACUGAAGAACGGUCCAGUAUGGCGCCGUAUUUAUGCAUUUUGGUGUUAA